UUUAAUACCUCUAUUUUCUGCACCCAACUCCCAUUUAUUAUUACCAAAACUUUAGUAUCAUUUCCUCUAUUCUACACCUUUUUUGGGGUAUAAUAUUUGCUUUCAUUUGGGCUAGUAGAGAAUGUAGGUAAUCUGCCUGUCAGAAUGAAAGAAGUGAACCAGAUACGGGCUAAUGAGAUGACGAGUAAGGAACUAUAUACAAGUACCAUAUUUUUUUAACAGUCUUUUGUUUUCUGUUUGGUUGGUAGAUUGCGAGGAUAUAACAGUGUAAAGGCAGUAGAAUUUGUUUAGGGUGUGAUGGAUGCAAUGUGGGUGUACUUGAAGGAUAAAGUUGACUGUCGAAGUAAGCUCUCAGAUGUGGUUUACUGGCCGGAAAAAGUUGUCAAGGACAGGAGUAGUGCUCUCAAGCAGGAAGACUCAAGUGGCGAGGAACCUUUUCAGGUGGAAAGUCCAGUCACUCCAGUCCAUCAAGUCAUUUUCCACAGAAAUUACAUUCGGAAACGUUAUUAUGAGCUCAGUGUUGAAGACUCAUCAAGAAACGUCAUUGAGAUGAUAUUCAGAGCAGCAGCAACAAGCCCCUCCAGGGAUUCUCGGAAGAUUGAAAGGAUCCUUAGGGUGAAGCACUCCUCAGAGAUUCUUGAAAGGUUUGAGAAGUACAGAGAGAUGAUAAAAAAGAAAGCGUAUGAGCAACACAAGAGGCAUCCUAGAUGCGUUGUGGAUGGCAAUGAGCUGUUACAAUUCUAUGGCACACAGAUGAACUGUUGCAGCCAAAAGCUAAACAGGGUGAUUGAGCUUUGCAAGGAUUUCACUUGUCAAGUCUGUAGAAUAAUUCAAUCGGGUUUUGACACAGAAUAUGGUAAGAAGUAUGGGAUUGCAUUAAGUUCAUGCAGCACGACAUCAAGUGGGAACACACCUGCCAUUUAUAAGGGGGCAAAUGCAAAGAGGGCCGUGAUAGUUUGCCGAAUUAUAGCUGGAAGAGUAGUUAAUAUGGUGGACAGGGAAAGCGAAGACAGGUAUGAUUCCAUUAGAGUUGGAGGAUUAUACUCCAAGUUAGAAUACUUGAUUGUGAGAAAUCCAAGUGCUGUACUUCCUUGCUUUGUCAUAGUUUUUACCUGAGAUGUUUUGUGUAAAGUUUUUCUGCAAUUUGUUAUAUCAGAGGGCUCAUUUUUCAGUCCUUGUGAACAUAAAAAUAUACUACCACCCAGACUAGAAGAUGAUCAUACACUAAAGACAAAUAGAUUCUACUUCAGCUACUAAUGAUGUGAAAAUGACUAUGGACGCUAUUAAUCAAUAUAACUCUCAAAGGCUCAUAAGUUAUAACGGUGGCUGAUGUUUCUGAACAAAGUUUUAAGACUAAAUGCAUGGUACAAAAUCCAACAGUUCUAAACUAUAAGAUCUAGGAAACAUGUGUAAAGGUUGGUGCGUUUUCAACUCCAUGCACAAGCAGCAACUAGAGCUCGGUCCAUCCAGCCAAGAUAGAGAGCUCCAUCUUUCUCUUCAAGUGAAUACUUGUCACUGUAAUUCUGCAGCAGAGUCUUGAUGGUGGCAUUCACAUAGGAGCUUAGCGGGUGGGGAGUAAAACCAGCCAUAAGAAAUCGUGACUUCCACUUCCCCAGAAGUUCAUGUCGUUCCACUCUCUCAGCCCCCUCACAUGCUAUUAUGUUGACAAUUUCUCGGGCCAGACAGUGCUGCUCAGCAUUGAUCCGCUCCUUGUGAUCCCUUGGCAAAGUUACAUCAAUUGACUCAAAAACAGCUAAAUAAUAGUUCAUGGCCUCAAUGAAUCGGGAAAGGAAUGGAGCAGUAUUGGUGUUGGAUUCUUGCUCAACAAGAGUCACCACCUUGGGGGACAAGCUUUUAACCAGCCUCAACAGUCUGUCACGAUGAUUCUGAGUGUCAACACUCUCAUCAGGCAUGUGGUGCAGUAUGAAUGCAAAAUUCACAGCCAGUGCUUCUCCUGGUCGAAGCUCAAGAUCUUCGAGCUGAACCUCACAACCAGAAAUGGUAGCAGCAUGGAACUCGAAUGGUACUUUACAUGACUCAGCAAACCUAGAUAGCCUCUGUCCCACAAUACUGGGUCCUCCCCCUCUGGCAUAAGCUGAUGUAGAAUCGUCAAUACCUGUGAUACGGAUCUGUGGUGGUCCACCAGGCCGAGCCGCAAGAGCCUGGAUUAGGGUGAUCCACUGGACGCCCUGUGAAAUCUGAAAAUCAAUUAUAUGGACUUUGCUUUCAUCCUUCAUUGCUUCGGCAAUAGCCCCAUUUCCAGACAUAUGCCCAAACUUGAAGUAUGGGCAGAUUUCAAAGAGCAAGUGCAUGUAUGAGAGGAGUUCAGCACUUGCCGGCUCUUUGCACCUUAGAGCUUUAUAGAUGGAGCUUCCUGAAGCAGCCAACCUUGCAACUAGUCCUUCCAACAUGUAAGCUCCUAACCGCUGAAUUGGCUCACCAGAAACCGAUACCAUCUGACGUAGCUCCGAAAUCCCCCAUUCAGCCCUCAAUAUAUCAUUGUCUGCUACUGCUUUUGCACAACUAACAAGGACUUCCUUCAAGUCUCCUCUGGAGAUCACCUCCAUCAUCUGUUUCCACUUCUCCCUCUCCAAUGAAAUUUUGUUGAGUUCACGUGGAAUGACUUCGUGCACAUCAAGAAUGUCUGAAUCAGGCCCCAGCA